AUGGGGCCGACGCUCGGAAGUUUGUGGACACAAUUCUUUCCUCCGAAACCUCAAUUUACUGAGAAGGAUGUUCCCAAUCUUGAAGGAAAAGUGUAUAUUGUCUCGGGAUCGAAUACGGGUGUUGGCAAAGAUUUAGCACGAAUUUUGUACGAAAAGAAUGCUAAGGUGUAUAUCGCUGCGCGUUCCGAGCCCAAAGCCCAAAGGGCGAUCGCAGAGAUGAGAAGAGCAGCACCUAGCUCAAGGGGAGACCUAGUGUUUAUGCCCUUAGAUUUGAAUGACUUAACCACCAUUAAAGGCUCUGUUGGGCGGUUUCUCGCUGCUGAAAGCAAACUCCACGCUCUUUUCAACAACGCUGGUGUCAUGUCUACCGAGACGGACCUGGUAAAGAGCAAACAGGGCUAUGAAAUACAUAUUGGCGUCAACAAUUUGGGGACAUUCUUAUUCACACAGCUGCUUACCCUUAUUCUCGUGAACACUGCGAAAACAGAGCGACCCAAUAGCGUUCGCGUAAUUUGGGUCUCAUCUUCAGGCACAGAGUUCCGCGGCCACGAGCGUGUGGGCGUAUCUCUAGACAACCUGGACUACCACAACAUCAUUCCUCCGCUAGAUCGAUACGCAAUCAGUAAGGCUGGGAAUUGGGCGCAGGGGGUUGAUUUUGCCCGGCGGCAUAAGGCCGAUGGGGUAUUGAGCAUCCCCUUGAACCCAGGAAACUUGGCUUCAGAGCUUUACCGAGAUCAAGGUGCCAUUUUCAAAUUGUUCCUCAAGUUGAUCACUUAUCCGACGCUCUUUGGCGCGUACACGGAACUGUAUGCCGGAAUUUCACCAGAUAUCACUCUUGAGAUGUCAGGCACCUGGGUUAUCCCGUUCGGUCGCAUAUACCCCAUUCGCAAAGACUUAGUAGAUGCUACUAAGACGGAGGCUGAAGGGGGAACGGGUGGAGCGAGCAAAUUUUGGGAAUGGUGUGAAGAACAAGUCAGUCCGUAUCGAUGA